AUGUCCCCCUCCUUUCACCCCUCCAAGGCCCGCUAUGCCACUCUCCUGAAGCGCUUUAUCGCUUCCGCCAAGGACUUUGAUGUGCUAGCCACCAUCCCAUCGGGUCCUCCCGUCCCACCACCCGCCACGCUAUACGUACUAGACGCCUCCUUCAAUCCACCCACGCUCGCCCACCUCCACAUAGCCAGCACGGCCCUCCAAGAAACAACCAGUGCCCGGCUACUCCUCCUCCUCGCCACGCAGAAUGCCGAUAAACCAUCCAAGCCGGCCUCCUUCGAGGACCGCCUCGCAAUGAUGGAGCUAUUCGCGCAUGAUCUGCGCUCCCAUCUUGCCGCGAACCCAGGCCCAGCCACGACUGGCUUGUCGGCGCUCGCUGAGCGUGCUCGCCUGCCGGUUAUUGAUAUCGGCGUGACGAAGAAUCCCUACUUCGUCGACAAGGCCGCGACCAUCGACGCGUCGGACGCCUACUCCUCACCCGCCCCGCUCGAACAGCCACUGGCGCCACUGUUCGCGCGGCAUCGGCUACGGGUGACCAUGCGGCCGGAUGAUGAUUGGGGUGGGGUGGAGGAGCAGCGCGGGUUUGUGGAUGGGUUGGCGAGAGGUGAGCGGGAGGGUGAGGGCGGGAAACGCGAGUGGGCGCAGCGCAUUCAAUUGGUGGAGGGCAAGGCGGCCGGUGAGCAACCGGUUAGCUCGACCAAGGCAAGAGAGGCGGCGCAGGCAGGGAGGAUUCGGGAUCUGGAGUGGUUGGUGCCGGAGCAGACGAGGCAGUUUGUUCUGGAUGAGCAGCCAUAUUCGUAG